GCAUUUCACGUCUCGUCUCGGGUAGCGUGUGCACGCGUGCGCGUGGGACAAGUGAGGCUGUCAGAGCAGCACUGUUGCUCACUUGCAAGCCGAGCGGGAGAUGUUGUGAAGAUCCACGAGCAGAGAGGUUUGACAGUCACCAGAGAGUCACCACCACAUCAACCGCUCUCCUCCCAAGCCCGCGAGCCCUCCACCUGCACUCCUCCAGACAUCAUUGAAGACUUGGACAGCAAUUCUCGAAGGGGGUGUGAAUGUGUUUAUACGACUCUGAAGACCGAGAGUAUAGUGCUCCCCGCUUCCCAUAAAGAUGCAGCGUUGCAUGCGUGUGUGCUAAGAUUGAGAAGUGUAGACUGUGUAUGAGGGGGGGGGGGAAUCGUGCUGACCAGGCUAUGAGUGCAUCCCGCCUUUGGAUGCGAAGUUGAGCGACGGGAGCCAGAGCGGAGACUGACUGAGGAGUCACCAUGGGGCUUGGACAGUCCAGCAAGUGUCCCGUCACGGGUGACACCGACGACGUCAAUUUUGACCAUUUCCAGAUCCUCAGAGCAAUAGGAAAAGGAAGCUUUGGAAAGGUUUGCAUCGUGCAGAAGAAGGACACGAAGAAAAUGUACGCCAUGAAGUACAUGAACAAGUUGAAAUGCGUGGAGCGGAACGAAGUGAGGAACGUCCUGAAAGAGCUUCAGAUCAUGCAGAACCUGGAGCAUCCUUUCCUCGUCAACAUCUGGUAUUCCUUCCAGGAUGAGGAGGACAUGUUUAUGGUGGUGGAUUUGCUCCUCGGAGGAGACCUGCGCUAUCAUCUGCAGCAGAACGUCCAUUUUUCCGAGAGCACCGUCAAGCUGUACAUCUGCGAAUUGGCUUUGGCCCUGGGAUACCUGCGCUCCAAGCACAUUAUACACAGAGACAUCAAGCCUGACAACAUACUCCUGGAUGAACACGGUCACGUCCAUCUAACUGACUUCAACAUUGCAGCCAUUGUGAAAGAUGACCUCAAGGCAACAUCCAUUGCAGGGACCAAACCAUACAUGGCCCCGGAGCUAUUUCAGAUCUUUGAAGGCUCCCAUCCCGGUUACUCCUUCUCGGUGGAUUGGUGGUCAUUGGGCAUCACGGCGUACGAGCUGCUCAGAGGGCAGAGGCCGUACGUGAUGAGGUCCAGCACCCCGACCAAUGAAAUCCUUCACACCUUCCACAAGGUCCACCUCAGCUUCCCAUCAGCGUGGUCCUCAGAGAUGAAGUCACUUCUAAGAAAGUUGCUGUGCAUAGACGUCCACAAGCGCAUUUCCUGUCUGGCAGAGCUGCAGGAUCUGGACUACAUGUCAAACGUCAGCUGGGACACCGUGCUCAGCAAACAGACCCCUCCGGGUUUUAUUCCCAAUAAACGGCGACUAAACUGUGAUCCGACAUUUGAGCUGGAGGAGAUGAUCCUGGAGUCCAAACCUCUUCACAAAAAGAAAAAAAGGCUGGCGAGAAAGACCAGGGACCACGGCUCUGAUGGGUCACCUCAGAACGGUCAGUUGCAGCAACGGUUGGAUAACGUCCAGAGAGACUUUAUCAUCUUCAACAGGGAAAAGUCCAAGAAAGCAGCAGUGGAUUCGGACUCAACUGAACUGUCCAAAUGUAACAAGAACAAAGCAAUCGAGGACGGUCAGAACAACAAUGUGGAACCUGUCUCGUUUUUAUCAGGAUAAGGCAACUGGACUGGAGUUCUCCCCCCAAUGCAGCCACCUUAUCCCUCUUAUCUCUCACCGUCGCUAGUAGAUCGGCACCGACUUGAUAGCGUCCCCGCAAGCGCAAUCACGCUGAUGUAAGCGGGCCGCUACGUUGCCUCAACUAACAUUGCAAAGACUUGACGAGUACCGGGUGAGAAAAUUGACUCUUUACGGAGAUUGCGGCAGGAUUUGUAUUUUUUUUUCCUUUUCCUGACCUUGAAGAUCUUUGAGUGUAUGUAAGGUAAGCGACAUGACUGGUCAAAUGUGUAAAUGUUCCGCUUUUGACCUCACACACACACACACACACACACACACACACACACACA